UUGUAUUACAGAUCUAGAGAUAUAAAGUAAACACUCAUGACUGCAUGUACUUACACAGGGAGUUGACUGUUUACUAGUUACUGAACGAGAUGGCAAAAUCUACAAGGUUUCAUCUGCUACUCAUAACUUUGGAAAUGGUUGUGUUUGCAAUGGCCGACUACCAUUUAGGCUACAACAUUAUCAGCUACAGUAGCACUAACAACACACUGGCCAAUGGCACUUGCUGUGGUGAGACCUGUGAUACAAGUUGUAGAACCACUCUUCGUCUGUGCUUCAGAGACGCUGGACAUCCACACAAUGACGUUGAUUCCAGUUGUACGAUAGUGCAAAUUCGUGAGAACACAAAUCAAGUCUUUUUUACUGCAUCUUCGCAGAGUUCCAUAUUAAAAUACUUCUCGCAAACAUUUCAGAUAUAUGUCAGAGUCUCUCACAGUGUGAAUGAGGACACAUCUGCUGCCGACUUUGAUCCUCCGUUCACCGAUCCACUCAUUGAUGAAAUCUUCAUUGAAGCCAAUGUCAAUGCUGUCCUCUUUCCUAGCACUUUCUUUAUAAUUACUGAAAUGUACACUGUUACUGGAAACGUUGGAAUAGCCACACUGACAAUAGGAGUUAAUGCUCGCUGUGCUGAGAACUACUUUGGUGAUGGCUGUGAGAUGCUUUGUGAUGCAGAUGGCGUAACUAACUGCACUACAGUUCUCACUCCUCCUCCCCCACCCCAAACAAUGACAACGGAAGCUCUAGAAACUAACCCUAGUCAGACGUCCAGUACUGACCAACCAAACUUCCCAACCACAGGCCCAUUAGUACCCAUUACUGACAACACCAUAAUUCCUAUUGCAGUGGGUGUGUCCAUUGCUGUAUUGGUUCUGAUCAUCAUCGGAGUGAUCGCAAUCAUACUCAUCAUUUACUUCUUCAACAGAAGCAAGAACAGAGCUUGGAACCCCAAAAGGAGUACUCAGCCCCACUUUACUAUGGAGAGGGCUGAAAGGUCCAUCACCAACAACAUAGACGAAGAGGUGGAGUAUGCAACCAUCAAUGAACUGCACUUUGUGGUGAGCAAUGAGGAAGAGGAAGAUCGCUUAGCUGGUUAUGAGACAAUAAAGCGUCUUCCUCCAACAAAAGAAGCGAAGGGGACAACUGAAGAACAGUCAUCAGCAUUAACGUAUGCGUCUCUGGACAUUCAACCAAGUGGGGCAGUCAUCCGUGAGAUAGAUUCUGAAGAGAAUGACACUGAGGACGAGGAUCAAAAACCAGUACGUUAUGCUGUGAUCAAGCAACACAGCGAUUAAAGAACCAAUCAAGCCAAUUGCCAAUAAAUUGACACUUCAAUGCAUGCAUAAUUAUGUUACUGUACAGUUAUUCAAUACUAGCUGAUCUAUUACUGCUAUUUGUGUCAAAAUUUAUAAUCAUAAUAUUCCUACAUGAUAUGCAAAUGAACGUUUUUUGAUGCAAUGAAUCUACUACAUGUAUGUG